GCGCAUGUCGUUGCUAUCAACAACAUAACCUACUUCCGGUUGCAACUGUAUUUUUGAAAAAAAAUUGACUGAAGCUGUGAUUUUCCUUUAUCAAACAUAAAACUAUAAAAUGCCUACCAAUCCAGACGAGCCCUACUACUGCUCACAGCAAAUAAACAUCCCACCGUCAUUACCUGAUAUUCUGAAACAGUUCACAAAAGCGGCAAUUCGCACUCAACCAAAAGAUGUCUUGGCAUGGUCUGCUGCCUAUUUCAAAGACAUGGCAAAGGGAGAGACACCCCCUGUGAAAGAGAGACUUGAAAUGCCCGUGGCCACACAGAAAACUGAUACAGGUCUUACCCCAGGUCUUUUGAGGGUGCUAAAUAAACAGCUUGGUCCAAAGAAGACAGUAUCAUUAAGCUUAAUCGAGGAGAAGUGGGCAGAUUUAGCUCUCCCCAAAGAACAAUUUGACGACCUGGUCAGGAUAGGGAGUUUUGGGGGAGAGGUUGAAUGGAAUAAAUUUUUUGCCCUCUGUGCUUCAGCACUAGGAGAGAACAUUACAGAUGCCAUGAAGACAAUCUGUGAGAUUUUAACAGCAGAUCCCGAGGGUGGACCCUCUAGAAUCCCCUUCCCAUUAUUUAAGGAUCUCUACACCUACCUAGCACAGAUUGAUGGAGAAAUUACACAGCAACAAAUUAAUGAAGUCUGUAAUUACCUCAAAUAUCAUGUGGACAAACAAGAUGGAUAUGUCCAACCUCGUAAUUUCCUUGGAGCUGAGUGUCCGAAGUUAUCUAAUCAUUGAGGUUCUUGUGAUAUAUAUCUAAUGACUACUUUUUCUUCGAUCAUUAUUGAUACUAAACCAUCUGAGAAUGCAUUCAAAGUUGAAAGAAACAAUCUUAAAAAUUCUAGUGUUCAGAAAUUACAGACACACCAUCUUGAUUUCAAAACUGAUGGAAUGUUCUGUUUUGUUGAGGGGGAACAAUUAAACUCUUUUUUUAUCUUAUAGAGUAUAUUUAAAGGAUUGUACAUAUGUUGUUGUAUAUGCAAUAAAAUUUAAAUUCGG